CUCUCCCCUCCUCCUCGCCGACCGCCACGACGUCCGCCACACCCUCGCCUUCUGUAGCCCAUACUCUCUCUCUGUACCUCUACUCCCCACCACUCACCACCCUGGACGCUCUUCAUGACCGAGAACCUCUACGGGCGCCGGCGGAGCGUUGACGUUGGCGGCCUCGCCCUCGCCCUCAAUGACGGUCAGUCGGGCCACGGAUGGGGUGGCUGGGAGGACGCGGACGACGGGGGAACCAGAUACGCCGAAGUCCUGAUUGACGUUCGUGCGCACACGGAGAACAUCGUAAACGUGGACCCCGCGCAGUCAUCCCCUUUCGUUGAAGUGGAGCCCAUGAUGCGCGAUCGUUUAGUCAAAUCCUUGGGGACGUGGAACUUCGAACCGCACAAGCUACCGGAAGAGCAAGUGGUUGCCUGCUCUUACAUCCUUUUCGAAGCAUUGUUUCGAAUAGAGGGCAUGAAGGAAGCGGUGGGAGUCCCUGUAAAUUGCCUUGGUUCGUUCCUGCGACAUCUACGACAAAUGUAUCGCCAAGCAAACUCUUAUCACAACUUCCACCAUGCACUGGAUGUCUUCCAAGCAACCUACCACUUCCUGUUCCGAGCUGGGAUGGUGCCUCCUGUGUCCAUAGUGUUGCAGCCAGACUCACGGACAUGGAAACGAGAUCGACGUUCUACUGACGGUCACCUCUUGUCAUGUCUAUCACCACAAGAUCUCUUUGCGCUCCUCAUAGCUGCGAUAGGCCACGACGUCGGUCAUCCAGGUCUGAGCAACGCUUUCAUGAAAAACGCCAAGACGCCCCUAGCCGUCGUCUACGACGACAAGUCCGUCCUCGAGCAGAUGCACUACUCCCUCAUACUGCAGGUCAUGCGGCACAACGGUCUCGCGCCGCUGCUCGACCGGCCGGGAUCGGGGCAGGCGAUGCGCAAGCUGCUGCUCGGCACCGUGCUCGCGACGGACAUGAGCGUGCACGCGGAGUUCAUGGCGAACUUCCAGGAGCUUGUCGCGGGCCACGAGGUAGGUGAGCACAAGCGCAGAGUGCUUGUCUGCCAGGCGUUGAUCAAGUGCGCGGAUAUCAGCAAUCCGAGUCGUCCGUAUAGUGUCUCGAAGCACUGGGCCGCUGCGCUCGAGUCCGAGUGGACGAGCCAGCUGUUGCUAGAACAACAUCUACACCUGCCUGCCACGGUGAAACCGUCCGAUCAUCCUCUAGGGCAGGCGAAAGGGCAGGUGUUUUUCAUCAGCGCGUUUGCGAAGCCCCUCUUCGAGCUCGUUGCGCGAGGCAUACCAGAAUUGGCCGAGUUUGCGCACCAGUGCAGAGAGAACCUCGAAAUAUGGACCGAGCGCUCCGAGCAGUUGACGGCUGGUUCAGAAGAAGCAGCGAGUCCGGAAUCCACUGCAACACAAACGCAGCGUGUCGAGGAGUUUAUGUCUGCAUUCCCGCCUACAUUGCCUGAUCGGUUCCGCAUCCCAGACGAACCGCUGUCACCAUUCAUGUCGCAUUGUUCAGUCUCCUCGCAGUCGUCAGGCUCCAGUCAUUACGAGAGCUGCGAAUCCGGCCCGCCCUCCCCUUGCGCGACGUCCCCGCUGCCUACUCCCCAAUCUCCAUCCUUUCCACACGCACAGCGCGACAUCGCCACGCCAUCCUCCUCCCAACUCAUGUACAGCAGACCUCCUAGCGUCACCUCCGUCAGUUCGCACAGCACGCAGGCGAACGACGCGACGGCCGCCAUCCGCGCGGCGUACAAGGCGAGCGUGCGCAAGAAGAAAAGCUUCCACCGGAGCUCGUGGAACCCCACGGGGAGCGCGGGCGCGGGCGCGGGCAGGGGCUACGCGUUCGCGCAAUCGUUCGACGGGCCGGGCCCGCUGACUGCAGACAGCUCGCCGCUGAGCACGCACUCGCCGAGCCCGCUCACACCCACGUCGCCCGCGUCGCCCACCGCCGCGGGGGCGCACCACCGGCCGAGCCCGCUCGGCGCCCCCGCCGUCUGUAGUCAAGAGACAUAGAUGUGUGUGCCCGAGACCGCUGGUCGCAUGGACUCCCGUUGUGAAGAUCUGAAGCACCGACGCAUGGCUGUAUCAUAGCUCUCGCUGAUCUUUUGUCUAUCGUUUGCCCCGCCCGUCCGCUCUGUUUGUGCUUCGUUCCCGCGCUGCCCGUCGAUGUCGUUUGGCAUCAGCGUGUGUUCGACUUCCCUUUCGGUGCGGUUGGCGGGAGGCCGGCCGCUUGUUUUUGUAUGUAGGGUGUCGUUGGUGGAGGCCCCGGAGCGCGCUCUUGUUUCGCGUGCGCGCGGACGCUGUGGGGUUAUACCUAGCUUGUUGUAUCUUUAGGCUCGUUCUGCUCCUGCAUGCUCGUGCACACCCCGAGGUGGUUGUUGUCCGCAAUCAAAUGUGUCAUUACUUCGAGUGC